UGUGUGCAGGAAUGGUUUGAGUGGUCAGCCCUGAGCGCCACCAGCAGGGCUAAACCUUGUCCAUGCGGCCUCACGGCCUGGGAGAACAGGCUGCUCCUGCAGCCUGCUCACUCGGACUCUUGCCCCCCAGCAGUGCCCCUGGCUUGCCUUCAGCAUUCCGGACACCAGGGCUCUCGAAACACGGGACUGGCCCAGGUCGCCAGCGCCCUCGAAGCUCCCCUCUGGCAGCCCGUGCACCCGACGCGGCCCGCCCAGAUCCCGCCCUGGAGGCCUUCGGGGGCCCUAUCCCGGGGCAUGCUGGUCGCCUGUGGGAGCAGCUGCGGCAGUUCUGGGCCGACCACUUUUCCCGGCGUUUCUCGCCGCGGCGGCCGCCGCUGCGCCGCAUCUCCUCCAUGUCUACCUUCUACCUGCUGGACCACCGCACACGCCAGGCCGAGCUGGGCCUCUGCUACGGCGCGCCGCGCACGCGCCUUAGCGACGAAACUUUUGUGUUCCGCGGGGGCCGCUGGGAGGCGGAGAGCUCGCUGGGACGCUCCCGACUUCCGCAGCCCUCGCCGACUGUCUCGGGCUUGAAGGCGAACGUGCAGCGAGUCAGGAGCCAGGUGCUGCUGGAGGAGAACAACUACCUGAAGCUGCAGCAGGAACUGCUCAUGGACAUGCUGACUGAGACCACGGCGCGCAUGCACUUGCUGGAGAAGAAGCUCGACGCCGACGCCAGCCCGGCGGGCGCGGCGCGCGCCUGGCAGAGGAAGCUGCACAACCGCCAGAGCGUCAGCGGCGUACUCAUGAUAGAGCCGCGCGCGCUCGAGGCGCGGUGA